AUGGAUAAAUCACCGAGUUGUCAUAAUGCAGUUAUUCCUACUAGUAGUUAUGAUCGUCCGCCGAUAGAUCAGCGUGAAGAUGAUAACAAAAUUCACUUAAAUACACCUUGUAAAACGACAGGAUUGAUAACAGGACAAUUAGAAAUAGACAGUCGUCUAUGGAUAACACAUAAGUUUAUCAAAUCUUCAGAAAUACAUACAGACUGUUAUAAUAGUUUUGUAAAACACAAUUCGGUUGAUUGCUUAGACAAAUUUUACUUUAAUUUGUCAAGUGUACUCGUUUAUCUAAAAAAUAAGAUUGAUUUUACGGCGAUAUGGAGAUGA